GAUUAGAUACGUGCAUAUCUUAACUGAAUGGUUAUAUUAUGCAAUGUUUAUAAAGGUCGUCCAUGACCUUGUCCCUGUAGUUAAUUUUGUACGAGUUUUAGUUUCAGUGUGGAUUUCGAUAACGCAUCAGGUAGAGUGCAGAUCGUUUGUUCGAAAAUGUUGCAUUGUAAAUUGAAAUUUUCUGACGAUGUACCUAUAUUCGAAAUAAUUCGCGAUUAAUGUACCUAGUACAUAGGUAUCUAUCUAUCACGCGAAUUUCGAUUCGUUCAAUAUUCCAUCUUAUAGUGUGCUGCAACUUCUAGAAAAACUGAAAAAGUUUACAUUAUUUCCUCGACGACGAAACAUUUGUGAAGACGUGCCAAUAACAAAUGGAUGCUCCAGCGAUUGGUAUUGAUUUGGGCACUACGUACUCGUGUGUCGGUGUUUUCCAGCAUGGAAAAGUGGAAAUAAUCGCGAACGAUCAAGGUGACAGAACUACGCCGAGUUGUGUCACUUUUACUGAGAUAGAAACAUUGGUAGGCAAGGCAUCCAAGAAUCAAUCCACUAAAAACCUGCAAAAUACGGUUUUUGAUAUUAAAAGAUUAAUGGGACGUAAAUUUGACGACGAAACCGUUCUGGCUGAUAUGAAGCAUUGGCCCUUCCAGGUUAUCGAUGAUAACAAGAAACCAAAAAUUAAAGUUGAAUUUCAAGGUGCUUCUAGAACCUAUUUUCCAGAAGAAAUAUCUUCAAUGGUGUUGCGAAAGAUGAAAGAAACCGCCGAAGCUUAUUUGGGCAAACCGGUUAAAAACGCUGUAAUCACAAUACCAGCUUAUUUCAACGAUUCUCAAAGAGCUGCUACCGUAGACGCCGCUGCCAUUGCUGGUUUAAACGUGUUGCGUAUCAUUAAUGAACCUACUGCUGCAGCCAUUGCUUACGGUCUGGAGAAAAAAAAUUCCGACGAGCAAAACGUAUUAAUUUUCGAUCUCGGCGGCGGAACUUUCGAUGUCUCUAUCUUGACCAUUCAAAACGGCGUUUUCCAAGUUAUUUCAACCGCCGGAGAUACUCACUUGGGCGGCGAAGAUAUCGACAACCGAAUGGUCAACUAUUUCGUCAAAAAAAUCAAACGUAAAUACAAGAAAGAUCUUACCCAAAACAUGAAAGUUCUGCAACGUCUGCGAACCGCUUGCGAAGAAGCGAAGAGAAAUUUAUCAUCGGCCACUAUCGCCGAUAUCGAAAUCGAGUCUCUUUACGAUGGUGUAGAUUUUUACAGUUCAAUCUCUCGUGCUCGUUUUGAAGAACUAAACUCAGACUUCUUCAAAAGUACAAUGGAUCUGGUUGAAAAAGCCAUCAAAGACGCUAAAAUAGAUAAAAAUCAAAUCAAUCACGUCGUUUUAGUCGGUGGCUCGUCUCGUAUUCCAAAAAUACAAAAAAUGCUGCAAGAUUUUUUCGGCGGUAAGGAAUUGAACAAGUCGAUUAAUCCGGAUGAAGCAGUAGCCUACGGUGCAGCCAUACAAGCUGCUAUUCUAAGCGGUGACCAAUCAGAGGUGAUACAAAAUGUUGUGUUAUUCGACGUCACACCUUUGUCAUUAGGUAUCAAUGUGGGUGCUGACGAUAGAAUGAGUGUGGUGAUUAAACGCAAUACCACGAUUCCAGCUAGAUACAUUAGACUGUACACCACACUAGGAGAUGACCAAUCUAGUAUGCCAUUCGAUGUGUACGAAGGGGAAUUCGUUUUAUCGAAGGAUAAUAAUUUCCUCGGGCGGUUUGAUCUUACUGGUAUCCCCGUAUUACCUGCUGGGAAAGUCAGAGUCGAUGUAUUUUUCGAAAUCGAUGCGAAUGGUAUAUUAAAGGUAACCGCCAUCGAUAGAGAAACCGGUAGUACGAAUCAAAUUACCAUCACGUAUAACAGACGUCGUCUCAGUCAAGAUGAAAUUCAACGUAUGAUCAACGACGCCGAAAAAGAUCAAGCCAAACAAAGAAAACGAAAAGCUGCAUUAGCCGCCAAAAAUUCUUUAAAGUCGUACUGUAUCAACAUGAAGAGCACGAUUCAAGACGCAACACUAAAAGAAAAAAUUAUUAAAUUCGAUAGAGACAUGAUUCUCAAAAAAUGCCAAGAAACGAUUGCCUGGUUGAAUUCGGAAGAGUUGACUGAAAAAGAGCUGUAUGAACGUAAGCUGGAUGAAUUACAGAAUAUAUUCGAUGUAAUCAUUUCGUUAGCUAAGUAUUCUGGAAAGGAAAGCGAUAAAUAUUUCGAAAUAUUAAACGUGUCUAAAGAUGCCUCCCAGAGUGAAAUCAAUCAAGCUUUCAGGGAUAAAGCUGCAAAAUACCAUCCUGACAAAUAUCAAGGAGAUGAAGAAAUUGGAAAUAUGUACUGGCUUACGUUUAUGAAGGCGAAAGAUGGUCUCAUUAAUCUAAGUAGUUAACGGAAUAUUUGGUAACAACUCCAGCGCUUGAAAGUUGAAAGUACGCAAAAACAAAAUUCAUCACCAAUUACGUUUCAUCGUUUCUCUGUUCCCAUCGCUACCUUUUCCAUUAGUUGAAUUCGAAAGCUUGAAAAUGUUUGAAAGCACAAGGAUAUGUUUCAUCUCUCUAAUGAAUUUGAUUUUUUUGCAGAUCUCAAACUCGAAAAUUACUCGUACUUUAUUAUCAUAUUUCAAUAGCGGCGCUGGAUUUGAUUUAUUCUUCGCAGUAUGUCUGCGGUUGAAUCGAUGAUAUCUGUGAUUUAUAUAGGUAGUUUAGAAUUUUCUUUUUUGAGUAAUGUACUUGCAUUAUUUUUAACGAUACCUGCUCAUUUUUAUUUUCUGCGUAGGACGCGUACCUAUUUUGUUUUACUUUUCAUUAUGUUAUGUUAUAUUGUACGACGUACGACUUACCAAUGCGUAUUGUUCAGUUUGAAACUGCAUUAAAAUGCAUGUUUCAAAAGUUUUCUAUGAAAAAAAAAAAAAUAAUCAAUUUAUCUUAUAUCUAUGCUUAUGUUUAUAUUGAGAAAAGAAAAUGUUACUGAAUUUA